AUGGUUAAAGUUACAGUUUGCGGAGCAGCAGGAGGCAUUGGGCAACCAUUGUCGUUAUUAUUAAAGUUAAACCCGCAAGUGAGCGAAUUGUCGUUAUUUGAUGUGGUUAAUGCAAAUGGGGUUGCAGCAGAUUUGUCGCACAUUUGUAGUCCAGCUAAAGUUACAGGAUAUCAGCCUAGCAGCAAGGAAGACCGUGACACAAUCCAAAAGGCGUUGGUGAAUUCAGAUUUGGUGGUGAUUCCGGCAGGAGUUCCAAGAAAGCCGGGAAUGACUCGUGCAGACUUAUUCAAUAUCAAUGCGUCUAUUAUCAGGGAUAUUGUUGGAAGUAUCGGUAAGGCGUGUCCUAAUGCUGCGAUCUUGAUUAUUUCGAACCCGGUGAACUCGACCGUGCCAAUUGCAGCCGAAGUGUUGAAGAAAUUGGGUGUAUUUAACCCAAAAAAGCUUUUCGGGGUCACGACAUUGGAUUCGGUGAGAGCAGAAACUUUCUUGGGCGAAUUGAUCAAAGAAACUCCGACCUCGUUGAAGGGUCAGAUCUCUGUGAUUGGGGGCCAUUCGGGUGACACAAUUGUGCCUUUGGUACAUGCUACAGCACUGGUUGCGAAGAAAGUAUCGGGUCUCUCCAAGAGUCAGUACAACGAAUUUAUCCACAGAGUCCAAUUUGGCGGUGACGAGGUUGUUAAGGCCAAGAACGGUGCAGGAUCUGCAACCUUGUCUAUGGCAUAUGCUGGUUAUAGGUUCGCCGAGAAGGUCAUUGGUUCGUUGAACGGCCAAUCUGAAAGUUCCUCCGAAAUCCCUGAUUCGUCUUAUAUAUAUUUAGCGGGUGUUCCAAACGGAAAAGAAUUAUCACAAAAGUACUUGAAAAAUUCUGAAUUCUUCUCCGUGCCAGUUAUCCUUGAAAAGGGUCAAAUCAAAGCUUUCGUUAACCCAUUCGAUAAGUUGAAUGUCACCUCAGAGGAAUCUAAAUUAGUUGAUAUCGCAUUAGGUGGUUUACAAAACUCUAUCGACCAGGGUACUACAUUCGUAACUGGUUCGAAAUUAUAG